AUGGCUGGCAUCGCGCGUCGUCUACCAAGAUUUGCAAAAUACCUGGACCUGUGCCAGACAAUGGUUGUCAUGGCGGUCGCUGCCCGGACUUGA